UUAGUGCUUAUUGCGGGCAGCCUUCCCAGGCAGCCUUCCCAGCUCUGGGCAGAGCAGGUGGAGGGACGGAGGGGACGCAGCCUCUCGCCCGGCCGGGGAGAUGGAGUGGCUGAGCCAGCGCUGCCCGGUGCUGCCCACUGCCCAGGGCUGUCCCCGGCCGGGCCGCGGCACCUUGCUGCUGGUGGUGAUUCUGUCUUUGCUGAUGUACCCAGUGCUGAGGAGUCUCGCUCUUCAGCUGCACUCUGCUGUCACUGGCAGCUACAUCUCUGGGACCCACUCCAUUGCCUUCAUCAACUGUCUCAAUGAGCAGAUUGCCAAGGAUCUUGCAAGGGCCAUCAUGGAUAAGAAGCUGGCUGCCUACGUGAACAUCCUGCCGAAGAGCUCAGCCUUGUAUUUUUGGAAAGGGGAACUGGAAGAAUCCACUGAAAUACUGCUGUUAGUGAAAACAAGGACAUCCAAAAUAGAAGAACUGUCCAACUACGUCAGAUCCAUCCACCCCUUUGAAAUUCCCGAAAUCAUCAGCCUGCCUAUUGACCAAGGAAACCCUCUCUACCUCAAAUGGAUAGAGGAAAGUGUCCCACGGGACUAACUGAAAAGUGCAAAAAGCAUCUCGCUUUUGGGGUGACCCGGUGAAACGCGCUGAGCCACACUGGUCCCCCUGUGCAGGCAGGAGUUACACACGCGUGGGGAGGCAGUUUAGAGCUUCACGUGUUUGCUAUAACACAGCAGCUUGGGAUUGGGAAUUUUCUUUGCACCCAAAACAUCCCUUCCUUGGCCUGUCCCGGUGCCCCAGGGAGCACCGAGCAGCCCAGAGGUGCUGGAGGCUGGAGGAGGGUCACAGUGCCGAGGGCUGUUGCAGCAUUGUGGAUGGGGAUCCACAGAGAUUCUCAUGUCAGGACACUGCAGCAUUUGGGAGCUGACUCAGCCUGCCACCAUCAAAUACCAGCUGGCAGCCACAUCCCGGCAGCCCCCCCAGUGCCGUGCGUCCCCUCGGCCACCGCCUGAAACCCUGCCGAGCCCCCCUGCUCCCCUGCAGCAGCAUCCUGCCCCGCUCUGCCUCCUGCUUCCCCAGCCCGGAGGCAGCAGGAUGUGGCCGGGCACCCCGCGAUGCGCCGGCUCACACCCUCCCCUGCUGUCGUGCAACGCGCUGGUUCGGGUCUUACAAAAAUCCAAGGAAACGGCAAACUCGAGCAGAAGCUGAAAGCAUUUACCAGGAGUGGCAAGCUCUGACCCCGCUGAGGAGAGCUGGGCGACAUCCACGGCCAGUUCAGGGAAACCAAAUGCCAGCAGGACCAGGGCACGAUCCAGCUGCGGGGCAUCGUCCCGGCCCUGCAUCCCCUACCCACACCUGAACGGUGGCUUCCUACCUGGGCCAAGUUUAACCUUGUAAAAAAGAUGCUCGUGUUAAUAGUUUAAUGGGAUAUAACUUAUAGAACGAUACCGAGUUAUUUAUGUGACUGGGAAGGGAAUAAACGGGAGUGUUUCUUA